UAAUCAGUAGCGUGUCGAAGCGGUCAGUGUACUUGUUGAUAGUUUUGCCGAGGUGUGACCGUUAAAAUGGUGGAAAUGCACCACUUUGUGUUGUUUAUCGGCUUGUUAUUUGUGCCGUCGACUUUGGAACAAUUACUAGCUGAUUUACCGGGCAAAGCACGAUGGUGUGUUACAUCCGAAGCAGAGUUGAAAAAGUGCUCGGAUAUGAGACUGACCCUGCGUUACCAAGGGUUGACACCUUCUUUGGGCUGUGUGGUUGGCAGAGACAAAUAUGGUUGCAUGAGGCAAAUAGAAAGAGAUGAAGCUGACCUGUUGACAUUAGAUAGUGGUGAUGUCUAUAUAGCAGGCCAACAGCACAGUAUGAUUUCCAUCAUGGCAGAACAGUAUACAGGCACGAACAAUAAAGUUCGCAUAAUUGCACUUGUUGCUGCAAACAACGACGAUAUCAGGAGCCUACCCGACUUGGAAGGAAAGAAGGCCUGCUUCCCCAGCGUCGGCACUUCUGCAUGGAAUGUAGCCGUUGCUAAGUUAAUAAACAGCACUAUAAAUCGAAUCGAUUGCAACAACUAUGUGAAGUCAGCAGUUGACUUCUUUGGAGAUAGCUGUGCACCAAACGCGCUUGAUGACAAACAUAAUCUUGGUUUUAAUCCAUCAAAGAUCUGUAAAAUCUGCAAAGCCCCAACACGGGUAGAUGAAUGCACUGAUCAUGACCAUUAUGCGGGCGAAGAAGGAGCAUUCAACUGUCUGAGCGAUGGUGCUGGUGAGGUUGCUUUUAUGCAACACAUCACAGCAAUAUCGAUGACUACGGGUGAAACUCAGGCUGGCCGCAGAAUGGAGGACUUUGAACUCCUGUGUGAAGAUGGCAGGAGACAGCCUCUUGGAAACUACGAGUCCUGCAACUGGGGCACGGUGCCGUCCAAUGCCGUCAUGACACUGUCCGCGAAAACACCAGCCGAGGUGGCAGAGUACAAGAACCUCCUGAUGCAGGUGCAGGCGCGCUUCAGACCACAGACUCAGGGCAUCACGUCGUACGUGGGCGUCAACCAGACUGGGAACAGCAGGGACUUUAGGGUGUUUGGUUCGCCUUGGAAGUAUGGGAAGCGCAACCUAAUGUUCUCAGAUGCAGCAAUUGGCCUAGAGGAUGUUGGUAAAAGAAACAAUCUUCGGGAUUACCUAGGUGCAUACAAGACGGAUAUCAUCGACGGCUUGCGCUCGUGUCCCGUCGCCGUCAUGCGCUGGUGCGUGCUGUCGGCGGACGAGCGCGAGAAGUGCGACAACAUGAAGCGCGCGUUCGAGGCCAAGCUGCUGCGGCCCGAGCUCAUCUGUGUCUCAGCGCAGUCGCAGGUCGAGUGCAUGCGCUUCGUACGCGACGGCGUCGCGGACAUGGUGUCGUUGGACGGAGGCGAGGCCUACGAGGCUGGCAUUGGGUUUGGAAUGGUGCCAGUCGUAUACGAGGACUAUGGCUCCGGUGACGCGGCCUACUAUUCUGUCGCCGUGAGCUUGAAGCAGGACAAAGAUACCAACUUGCUGAAGCUGAGAGGCAAGAAUUCCUGCCACACCGGCAUCGGGAAGACGGCUGGCUGGAUCAUGCCCAUCGGACUGCUGCUGGCACUGGAGCAGAUCCGGAUCGACUCGCGGCGCGACGAUACAUGCGACAUUGCCUACGCAGUCGGCCAGUUCUUCGAGAAGAGCUGCGUGCCGGGCGCGCUGGCGCCGGAGUUUGACCCCAAGCAUCGCAACCCACCGAACCUGUGCUCGCUGUGCCGCGGGACGGGAGGCGCUUUCUGCAAAAGAGAUGACAGUGAACCUUAUUAUGGCUACAGUGGCGCCCUGCGGUGCUUGCUGGAAGGAUUCGGGGAUGUGGCCUUUGUGCGUCACACCACAGUUGCUGAGAACACUGAUGGCCAGAGUCCAGGCAUCUGGAUAAGAGGCACAAUUCUUGAUGACUUUGAGCUGCUAUGCUUGGACGGAACACGAGCACAUGUGCAGCAGUGGAGCACCUGUAACCUUGGCCGUGUGCCAUCUCACGUCGUCAUGACCCAGGGAGGCAAGAGUCCGCAAGAAAUUCAGACGUACAUCGAUCUGCUGAUGUACGGGCAGCAAUAUUUCAGUUCGAAGCAAGGCGACAGGUUCAAGAUGUUCGUGUCACCGGAAGGCCAUCACGACCUGAUGUUCCAGGACUCGACGGUGCGUCUGCAGCCCGUGGGCGAGCGCAACACAUACGACAAGUAUCUAGGCAGAGAGUUCAUCACUGCCAUCGAAAACACACUGUGUAUCAGUGGCUCCCCUUCAAUUACAUCCAUGAGUGUACUGUUAUUCGCGACUGCGCUCAUCGUCAGGUUACUGUAACUGCGUGAAUGGCAAAGGCGUCGUAUGCCACGGAUGUACAGUGUAAGUAUCGGCAUUUACUCAGAUUAACCAUGUGGGCGCUCAGUAAGCGAUCCACCCCAUCGUCAGUUGGAGACAGCGUGGUGUCCUUGAAGAGAAUGGCUUCUCCCAAUACUCUCAUUUAUCAACCAGUUUGUCACAUUUUUACCGAAGUCGACCAUUUACACAUGUUGAUGUUUAUCAAAUUGAUAUAUCUGUAAGAAGUAAUCAAUCAAGAUAUUGAGUGAAGUAGUAGAAGUAGAGAGUUAGAGAAUACUCAAUACUCACAUAGAAAUAUGCACUGUAAUAUUACACAUAGAAUACGUAAUCUCCGUACAGGUUUUAUUACUAAAUCAUUUACACAUUCCAUGUUUGUUUUUAAAAAAAUUGUACAUAUUCUUAUAUCUUAUACUUAUACAUGCACGUAUAAUCUUUAUAUGUACAUGUUAUCAGAUAUAUCUCUACAUGAAUCUCUUAAAUUGAAUCUUGCCUAAUAUGUUUUUAUUUGUAAGAUGUCAUUUUGUCUUUUAGUGGGAAUUAUUGCUAUAUUUAGAAGAAAAACUGUUUGAAUCAAGUUCUAUACUUUUAUCACGAUUUUCUACACUAUUCUAGUGUAGUGUUACUUAUCAUGAAUGUUGUGCGACCGAUAAAUGCAAUAGUGUAUUUUUUUGCAAUCAUUAAAUGAGACGUUUUGUACAAA